GGCGGAAGUGGUUAGUGGAAGCUAGUGGACUCAGCUAGCUGGCUAGGGCGUUGCUAGCGGCAGAAAGUGGGAUUUUUGGUACCUUUCCGCAAGUUAUAUUAUUGUACAAAUAACGUCUUGCGUUGGAAAAAAACGGCGUUUGAUGUUCGCUAAAAGUUUUAAUCGCCCAGUUGUUUUUUUUGUCGUUGUUUACAGAGGAGUUGUGUCACUUUCUGUCCCGUUAGCUGACCACACAGCUAGGCUGCUCUCAUCCACGGGAAUUCUGCCGAGAAACGACUGAAUUCUGGAAACAUGGAGUCAAGGAACGUCGCGCUGUGCUAACCGACUUCACUGGGUUUUCUUUCCCCGAGGAUACUUUGUGAAGGACAUAACACGGAGACAUAUCGCCAGAUAGUCAACAUUCAUGCUGUGCUGUAUAGAUAUAUUUUUCAGUCUUUGACCGGCUCAUUGUUGUGAAGGGGAGUUUGCUUAGUUUGCACUCGAAACAGAGCAUACGAAGCAAAGUUUUUUUUUUGCUGAAAGAGCUCAUCUGUUUUGUUAGCUGGUGGUAGCUGGCGAAAUUCAACAGCCAGCUCGCAGUGAGAAAGGAUUUUCAGAAAACAGCGUGCGAUGUUAUUUUAAUCGACCAUCUAACCACUUUUGUUUUUUAAUCCAACGUCUUAACACCGGUAUAACAUUAGCUGCGGUUGUUUGGCUAGUGUGUAACACAGGUUGUUGAAACUCGGCAGUGAGCGAUUCUCGUGGUCACGGGACAGUUUUCCCUACAGUCACAGACAGGCAUUUCUGGGAGCAGGGAUUACCAAAUGGGACUGUAGGAAUUUCCAGCAUCUUCAAAGAUCAUUUAGGAACCGAGGCCAUUCAGCCGAGCAGGGGUGGUGGCGGACGGACUACAUCGCUGGGCCAAGGUGUCUGUUACAUUGGAAUACAGAUUGUUCAUACAUUUCAUAUCGGCGGAAAACUGGGAUGUGAAUGCAAAGGAUUCGUACAAGGAGGUCAUACAUGCACGACAACUUUUGCCAGCUGGCGCAGUGUAUUUAUUGUUGUUGUUGCCAAAAUAUUCUUUACUGCCCGGGUAGGAUAUCAUCUGACUGUACAGCUAAGACGACAGAGGCCCCGAUUAAUUUUUAAGGUCUGCACAUUAGGUUCCCUUCUGCUAUUGCAUUUUGACAAGGAGUAUUGCUAAAGAAGUAGCCUAUAGGUAGUAUUUUUGUUUCCUCCAGCGUCUGGUACCCUACAGUUAAUUUAUUCUCAACACCAUUCUCAAAAUCCUUGCAUACUUGAGACGAAUGCCAGAGAAGGACGCGCCAGGAAAUCGCCUCAUCACACUCUGGAAAAUGUUAAUCGGAUAUAAUUUGCUGCAAAUCUAGAACCGGAAGCCCAAUGAGUGACACACAGUCCAGCUUCACUGACAGGUUUCCCAAGAAAGCAAACAGAACCAGCAGCAUUCUCAGUAAAGACCACCCCCCAGACAAGAAAACCAAAAGUGACAAAACCUCCUUUCCCUCCAAUGAGUUUGACCCUACAGAAGCUCUGUUGGUGCAGAAGAGUGGCAGCAGCAGUGUGCUAACAGAGGGGAAGCCUGAGUCCUGUGGUCUGGUCCAGCGAUGUGUAAUAAUCCAGAAAGAUGAAAAUGGCUUUGGGCUCACUGUCAGUGGUGACAACCCAGUGUUUGUGCAGCUUGUCAAAGAAGAUGGGGCUGCUAUGCGGGCAGGUGUUCAGACAGGAGACAGGAUCAUCAAGGUUAACGGGACCCUUGUUACACAUUCUAAUCACAUUGAGGUGGUGAAGCUUAUCAAAUCGGGGUCCUAUGUGGCCCUCACAGUGUUGGGGCGUCCCCCAGGGCUCGCCCAGAUCCCUUUGUCUGAAGCAGAGUCUGAAAUGUUGGGCGUUAGCAUUUCCUCCCCAAACUCCCCAGCAAUAGAACGCCCCUACAGUCCUCAGCACUGCCUCUCCAACACUCAAUCACCAUGGGAUGACAAUAGCAGCAUGUGCAACCAGAAGGUUGACCUCUUGCAAAAGAUGCUCUCAAGAGAGCAGCAGGAUCUGCAGGCUAUGAAGGAGGAGUACAGCAGGAACCCCUCCCCCAAACUACUGAAAGACAUCCAGGAAGCUACGAAACACAUUCCUCAGCUGCAGGGUCAGCUCUUUAGGGCCACUGGGGCAACACAGGAGGCUGUUCCAGGUGGUGAUGCAGAUGAUGGUGGCAUGUUUGAAACAGAGCACACUCCCACCUCAAAGGGAGACAACAGUACAGACCUGUCCUGGAGCAGCACUCCUAUAUCUCGUGUAUUUGGGCCUGGAUCUCCUGACAGCCUGUGGCCAAGAGAGUCAUCCUACCCAAGCCCAAAGAGCACACCCAGGAACAGCCUAAACUCCUGCCACUCUCCAGAGGCAGAGGAUGCCACUGACCUGGACACUCUGUCCCCUACCAGUGUCAGCAGUCCAUCCUCCUCCCGCCUCGUCUCGCAAAUCAUUGGAGCUGAGGACGAUUAUUUUGAUUCAGACCAGGAGCAGACAAAUGGCCAGUCUAACAGUUUUAACAGUAUUGAGCAGCUCAAGUCUCGCCCAGCCCACCUCGCAGCCUUCCUUCACCAUGUCAUCUCUCAGUUCGACCCUGCUCCUGUGCUGUGCUACCUCUAUGCUGACCUCUACAAGCAUACAAACUCCAAAGAGACCAGACGGGUGUUCAUGGACCUCCACAACUUUUUCAUUGACCGGGGAGCAAAUUUAAAGGUUGCUGUUCCUGAUUCCAUCUCUGCUGAUCUCGACCGGCGGCGGACAGAACUAAUCCCAGAGGAAAUAAACAGACAACAUGUUCAAACACUGCAAGACUCUCUGCUCCCCGACAUCCAGAAGAACCUUGAGGAUUUCAGGCAGAAGCGCAGCAUGGGCCUAACAGUGGCUGAAGUAGAGUUGGCCAGACUGGACCAAGAGAGAGUCAGAGACCGUGUCACUCUGGAGCGAGAGCGCUCGUAUGCUGAAAACAUUGUCACCAAAAUAGAGGAUAUCUUGUUAACUACUCAGACCACAGAGGAAGAGAAAUGCACUACAAUGCAGUAUGUCAUUUAUACAUACAUGAAGCACCUUGGUGUGAGGGUCAAGGAACCUCGCAGCCUGGAGUCCAAACGGGUCAGGAUCAACUUUCUUCCCAAGAUCAAGAAAAGCAUCAAGACAGAAAAGGAAGGGGAAGAGAAGGUGAAGAAACCCAGAUUUCCCAGUAUCCUUGGACCUCAGCGUCGGCCCAGCCGCAUUGAAGCAGCAUCAGUGGGUAAGGCCUUGGAUGGUCGCCCCCGGCCUCAGAAACAGUUGUCUCAGCCCACACUGGGGUCAAGUGAUCACAUGGAAGCUGGCCGCCUAAGAGGCAGCCAGUCCAGCGAGGGCUCUGAACUCAUACACUCCACGUCUGUCAGCACCUCAUCCCCAAACAGCGGCACCUUUAACUCAGACACCAGCCGAGACACUGAUAUGGGUGGAACUCCGACUUCGGGCCCCUCCAGGUUAAGUGACGGCCUUCAGUCCGACCCUUUGGACGGGCUGCUGUAUCCUUCUUCGCACUUUGACAGCCUGGACCAACUCCAAGAGGAUGACAGAGAAAGCGACAGAGCCCAUGAGGGAACACCAAAGGCCAUAAGAAGGCUUGAGGGACUGGGUGCGGCUGAUGUCCAGAGUGAGGACGACCAGGGAACAGACUCUGAGCAUGACCCCCCAAACUGGCAACAGCUGGUGGGGCGAGAGGUCCUAGCGGGUCUCAGGCCUCAGGAAAUCAAGAGACAGGAAGUCAUUAAUGAGCUGUUUUACACAGAGCGCGCACAUGUGCGGAUGCUGAAAGUGUUGGACCACGUUUUCUACCAGAAGCUCUCCAAAGAGGCCAUCCUGCCUACUGCUGACAUCAAGAACAUCUUCACCAACUUGGAGGAGAUUGUACAGCUGCAUGUUUCAAUACUGGAGCAAAUGGUGGCCGUUCGGAAGAGAAAUGAGUCUUCGGUAAUUGAUCAGAUAGGAGACGACUUGCUCUCCUGGUUCAGCAGUGGAGAGGAGGAGAAGAUUAAGCAGGCGGUGGGGACGUUCUGCAGUAACCAGCCUUUUGCUCUGGAGAUCAUCAAGACCAAGCAGAAGAAGGACUCGCGGUUUACUUCGUUCAUCCAGGAGGCAGAGAGUAAUAGACUGUGUCGCCGUCUGCAGCUUAAGGACAUCAUACCCGUAGAGAUGCAGCGGCUCACCAAGUACCCCCUGCUACUAGAGAAUAUCGCCAAGUACACAGACAACACAGUGGAGAAGGACAAAGUCAAGCAGGCAGCGGACUGCUGUAGAAAGAUCCUCAAUCACGUCAACCAGGCUGUGAAGGAAUCUGAGGACAAGCAGAGGUUGGAGGACUAUCAGAGAAGAUUGGACCUCUCUUCUCUAAAGCAGACAGACAACCCCAUGAUCCUGGAGCUAAAGAACUUGGAUCUAACUAAGAGAACGAUGGUGCAUGAGGGGCCGCUGUCAUGGAAAGUGAACAAGGACAAGACUAUUGAGUUGUACACACUCCUCCUGGAGGACAUCCUGGUUCUGCUGCAGAAACAGGAUGAGCGUCUGAUCCUGAAGUGUCACAGUAAAAACCUGGCAGGCACCGCAGAUACCAAACAUAUCUUCAGCCCCAUCAUCAAACUCAACACUGUUCUAGUGCGCUCUGUGGCCACGGACAACAAGUCCUUCUUCGUCCUAUCCAUGUCAGACAACGGAGCCCAGAUCUAUGAGCUGAUGGCGCCCACAGUGUCAGAUCAAAGAACGUGGCAGGGUCUAAUCACCCAGAGAGCCGAGGCCAUGAAAGUCAAACCUCACAGCGUCAUACCAUUACCUCAGACUGAUGGGGAGAGAGACGGUGUGGAGAUCAUUACAGCAGGUGUUUCCAGGCUAAGUAGAGACUCCGACCGCACAUCCACCGGCAGCACCCAGUCCACAGACAAAGAGAGCUGUCCAGCCUCUAGAAGUGUAAUACAGAGUUCUCUACCAGGUAACAAUCCGUUUGAGGGAGUAAAGGCAGAGGAGGAGGAGGAAGAGGGGGAUGAGGAGGAGGAAUGUUUUGUGGACCCAGAGCUUCCUUACCAAGUGGCAGACGAUGGCAAAGAAGGAGACUCGUUUAACAUGUUCCCUUCCAGAGCAGACGAAGCACUGAAAACAUUGGCAGCAUUAAAGCAGGUAUUGGUGACCCAGCUGAUGUCCCAGGAGGCUGCCGAACAAAACAAACGCUCCACAGGGGCGCGUCUCCUCAGGACCACCUCUCUGCGGACCCCCGUAGACAACCGCGCACGGGUGAUGGUGCACAAUGGCUCACAGAAGAACAGCUCCCAGACAGAGGACCCGACUCAGGACCUGGGCUCUGGGGACACGGGCUUCUUUGAUUCUCCUGAAGAUUAUGCAGGAUAUUUAGUCCUGGAGGGUUACGGUGGUCCAGGGGAGAGCAGCACUGACGAUGACAUCUUGGCAUCAAGCACAGGGAAGCAGCUGCGCACCUCACAAGGCUGCGCCGCCGACUCCGGCAUCAACUUGAGGUUUUCUACAGCGUCACAAGCUGGCAGCCUCUCCUCUUUUAGCAGACAGGUCUUGUCUCACCUUAGAAACCUUCAAGCCAACCUCAACUAUCUGAAGGAGGUUGAGGCCAAGUACAAUAAUCUAAUAUGCCAAAGGCCAGAGAGGUCAGCAGAAGACACGGAUGGAAACAAAGAUAAGAGAUAGUGGAAGUCCGUGCCUCAGCUUUUGGCUCUGGUCCCAAAGACGAAGUACCGACUCUGAGUAUGGUUCCUACUUCUUGUGUCCUGGACUUUCUGGACAUCUUAUAAGCUUGUCCUCUCACUGCUGAGCCCCAUUUGUUUUCCAUCGCCGUCGCCCACGGUUGCCACAGAGAAUGAGAGACUAAGUCUGAGCAGAAACGUUUGAAGGGAGGAGUCAUCUUUGCUGAUGUCACGCCCCAGCCCCUCCGUUAGCACAAGGCAAUCAGGGAAGUGGGAUUGCCCCAUAACCUCACCUCUUUAUCAUCUAACACCCAUUUUCCCCCCGGAACUCCCUGCAAGAAAGAGAACUUAUACCAAAAUGUACAAAGAUGUGUGUUUAGAAUAUAUAUAUAUGAAACACAAAAGAAGAAAAGGAAAAUUUUAAGAUAAUGUAUUAAGAUUUUUUUUUAUCCCAAGAUGUAUUUAUUUUCUUUCUUAAAAACUUAAAAAGUGUUUCCCACAUUGCUUGCAUGCUUUUGGCCAUGGUGUUAGCUGUUUGGCUGCUUUUCCUGCUUCAGUCAUACAGGGUUAGUGUUGAGUGUUGAGUGCACGCUAGCAAACAAGCACGCUAGCCUAGCGUACCCUGGUGAAAUGGCAGGAAUAUAUUCAGACUGAUAGAGGCCAGAGUUGCACUGGUGAUGGAUAGAUCCCCUUAAAAACUCUUGAACUGUGUUUUAAAGUCUAGAAUUUAAGAAAAAUUCUAGGUGUGGUGUUAACUAGAAUGAAGAGUCCAAAGGCUCUGAUCUGGUCCUGUUGCAUUUCUGUGCUGCCUCCUUCCUCCUAUUCCUCCUUGCUGUGAAUGGUAUUUUGCCUCUCGUCUGCUCCUCUUCUCCUUUGCGUGUGAUUCUCCCCCUUCUUUUCCCUGUGAACACUUACGGGUGUCGUCCUUCUCUUUUUCCUCACAACCUGGUGCCUUUCCUGCUUAUUUAUCACGUCCCACACUCUUUAUGUCAUGCUUCCUCAUCUGCCUUUGGGUAUCUUGGCCCGUUCCCCCACUUCUACAAGCUCUUUCUGUAUCAGCUCCUUACAGAAAUGCUGCUUCUUUCUGCUACUGUCGGUGAUGCUGAUCUGACUGCCUGAUAUUCUAAUAAUGUCAUGAAGUUUAACAUAUACUGUACAAUGAUCAAGUUGGAAGGUUAUGCAUAACUUUAAUAAAUAAAUGGUGCCACGACACAUUCAAAAUGGAAAA